AUGGGCGGUUUACGCGUUGUCCCUUGGAUCAACUUUGAAGAAUUCGAAACGGUUCACAAAUGGCUAUAUUCUCAAUCACCAGAAGAAGCUCAACAUGGCGUCGAUCGGGUGGCUGCUUGGUCAAGUCGAGGACGUUUACCCACUGCUAUUGAAUGUACAUCCACAUUGAUACAAUUACGACUACGAGACCGAGGAGGCCAUAUGGCAUUAUCACUACAGGAGCUACGACAAUUAUAUGCCUUUGCACUCAUCAGAUUUGUCAAUGGCAUGGUGGAUCCUUUACAAACAGGCUCUGUUGCACGAGCUACAUCUGAGAUCGCAGAACGCUUGGGAUUACCUUUGUGGUUUGUUGAACUUCGUCAUGCAGCUACCCAUGAACAUCUCCCAGGUAUAUCCGUUUUACGUGAAGCAGCUGAACAGGCGUUACAAUGGCUGUAUGAUGCUUAUUGGGCAAUGGAACUCAAGCCUGAAAGAUCGCCUAUCCUUGAUGAAAACAAGGUGUUUGCUAUUCGAUUGGCAUUAAAACAAUACAAGGAUGCUAGGAAAACAUUUAUAAAAGAUUCAAGACGCGGUCGACCCACCAACGAUGAUCACGAGGAAGCAUUGAAAAAGUUCAUGAAAGCUGUAUCAGGACCCUACAUUCGAGACGCGGUGGUUCCCGAGCUAUUGAAACCUGGUGGUCUAGUGCCUGUCAGCAAAAAGAAGCGUCCAAGUUUUGACUACAUGGUUUUGUCAAAGGAUCUACUUGAGCUAUGGCUUCCUCUCGUACGUGCGCUGGAUCGGGAACACUCUAAUUUUGCCAAGGAGUUGCUGGAUGCGAUUGUGAAGCGAUUGGAUGUCAAAGAAGAAUACAAAAUCAGCAGAGAGCUCUCCUACAUCGUGUCAGGACCUUUGGAGGAUAAUGCACUGGAUGAUGACCUUACGGGCAACAGCUACCUGUUAACACUCGCAUGUUACUUGAAGCACAUUGUAUCGAAUGAUUUUGGAGGUGGUGGUGAUCACAAUGAGUCUAUCUUGGUGAACAUUGAAUUGAACGAUGUUAUGGAAGGAUGCCUUCGUUACCCCAAUCAUUUCACACGGGUGGUCCUGCGAAAUAUUUCCCAAGUGGCAGAUGAUGACCUGGAAAGGGAUCUUGAACCGUUCCUGAAAUACAUUGACAGCUACUUGGCUAGCAAACACAGCGCGAAUAAUGCAGCUGAUACGGUACAAGAGGUUGAUAUGGAAGGAGAAUUGAGUGAGCUCAAAGGACGUAUCCAAGCGAUGCAAGGAGUUAUAAUGGAUGAUGAAGAUAUGAUGGACGUGGAUGGAAACAAAGGAUGGACUUUAUGUGAUAGCUCGAAAUGGUCUACAUGUCCUAUGGGAAGUUUGCCAAAUGGAAAAGUACCAUGUCUUGAUUUGAAUGUAUAA